UGGAGGUAGCCUCCUUGUUUAGCCUCGCCAUAAAUGGUCUAUUCAUGAUGCCACUCUGGGGAAGGGGAAGUUUGAUGGCGUGUUAAAAGUGCCGGUGUCGUCUGCAGCAUCAGUCCGGUGUGGCUUGUUUGUGUUUCGCCGGCUUCCUUUGCUCGUCCACUGAGAGCAUCAACACCAUGAACCGUCUGCUGCUCGGAGCUGUGCUGCUGGGAAACCUGCAUGUCACAGUGUCAGCUCCAGUGAUGCUCGCUCCACCCACUCAGGUGAGGUUCAACUCUGUGGACUAUAAAAACAUCCUGCACUGGACUCCACCCGCCAACAGCACCUCCUCCCUGCAGUACUACGUCCAGUGGAAGAUUUUCGGCGAGCCUGAGUGGCUUGACGCUGACGGCUGUCAGGGGAUCCAGAAGCAUCAUUGCGACCUCAGCGCCGUGACCUCCGAGCCUAUGGAGUGGUACUACGCCAGAGUUCACGCCUCCUCGCUGCCCUCCAGCAAAUCAGCCUGGGUGCUCUCCCCGAGAUUCAACCCGCUCUGGGACACGAUAAUCAGCCCUCCUGUGCUGAGGCUCAACGUCACGCAGGAAGGGAUUGUGGUCCGCGUGAAGCCCCCGAAACAGCCCGUCAGGAGGAUGCACAGCAGCCUGCAGUACGAGAUCUCCCUCACACACACCAGUGGAAAGAAGGAGGUGUUCGAGCUGGACUGCUGCCUCAACAAGCUGACUCUCAAAGAGCUGAAGCACAAGGAGAAGUACUGCCUCCAGGCCCAGACCCUGAUCCCCUUCCAGGAUAAGAGCAGCGCUCGUGGCUCCGUGAAAUGUGUCACCACACUCUGAUCGCACAGACAAACGCCACCGACGAGAAACGCCGGCUCCGAACGUUUUUGCUCCAGUAAUCCACCGCUACCUCGAUGGCUGACCACGUUUUCCUCUGAGAACAGCUUGUUUAUUCAGUGAUGGGAAAAAAUCAAUAAUUUCUGAUUUGAUAUAUUACCUCAUUAUUACUGUUAAUGUUAGAAUUAUGAGUUUGAACUUCUUCCACACAAUUACAUAGUGACACGAAAAACACGAAAUUACUGAAACACUUUAAUCCAGCUCAGUUUUCUCUAUGGAUAUGUUGACAUUUACUUUGUUUUAUAUUUGUCUUAACAUGUUUUGUUUGUUUACAUUGAACUGAUAAAACCUCCAGAGCUGCAUUUUGACUAGUAAGACAUGAGAAUGAAUUCUCUUUAGAAUUGAUGCAUAGCUGAGAGAUUGACUCCCGUCACCAAAAGGGAUCAUUGUAAUGACAGCUAAUUGGUUUUAUUGAUCGGAUUUUAAUUAGUCAGAAGUCAUUAUUUAAUCUUACAGAUCCUACGCAGUGUGCUUGGGCACGUAACCACAGCAUUGCUUUUCAUAAAUACAGAUUUUGUUACACUUUAUUCUGUCAUACGCUCAUGAUCAGCUGCAAGGAUCGAUGAACAUCAUCUCUUAGCUGAGAGCUUUGUUAAAAAGUGAAACUAACUGCUGUUGCAGGGACUUUACCCUGAAGUGUCGUGUGUUGACACUGUUCAGAUGCACAACUUUGAGAAUGUAUGCUGCCAAAUGUAUUUGCUGCCCGUGUCAUUUCACGAUAAAAGCCACACACACUCACACCGGUUAACUCUGUCUCAUAUUUGUCAGGUUUGCCUCGUUCGUACUUGGUUAAAACUUGAUCUUUUUGAAAUCUCAAUUAUAUCAUCAUAUUUUACUAAUAUUUCUGGUGAACUUUCACAAAUAAGACAUUUGAAAGCAGUAAUUUGUGAUGAAUUACUUUCACAUAAUAUUUCUUGAGGUUUUGCUACUUUUAAGUGUCAUGAAUGACUGUAAUACUUCUUUGUCAAACCUGCUUUAAAUGUAGAGGUGCAAUAUGUAAGAACUUCACUGGAAAACAUCCCAAAAAUUGACUAAAAUUCUCAGUAUGAAGAAUUAAAAAUGUAGAUGUCAUGAUGUACUGUGGCUGAGAUAUUUACUGGUUAACAUGUUAACCAGCUAGCCCCUUCCCAUCACCAUCCAGAACUCCUUAGCUAGUUGUGUAAACAGCGACACUCCCCUGCUGCUCCGAGCACCUAGACCGGACUGCUAGCUCUACAGUUAACUAGCUAAUUUGUUCAAGUUUGUUUGCUUGUUUUUCUGAAUCUAGCAAGCACUAAGUUAAUUUAGCGUCUACCAGUAUGUUUCUGUUUUAUAAGUUCUAAAUGACCAAAAUAAACUGAACUGAAACUAGCUGAUAGCAGCAACAGUUGGUGGCGAUAUGCUGCCCCCUGGUGGUUUGGAGUAUGAACCCAGCAGGUGGCCAAUUCGUUCAUCUUGAACCUUUUAAGGGGAAAAAAACCCAGCAUCAAGUGUUUGUGGAAAUUCAGCUUCAAAAGAAGAACAAAAAGGCAACUUUAGUCUUGAUUUCGACUUUAUUCAAAAUAUUUGAUAAACUUGAUACUCUUGAUCAAUCAGGCGUGAAAUAACCAAUACUGUAAUGAUAACAAAAAACGGUUCACUGAAACAGAUGUACUCAAAGCUAAAACCUGACACGUUCAGCGUGACAGAAAAGAUUUACAGGAAGUUGUUGCACUUAACAGGAAGUCUUGUUAUUUGUUCUGAAGGUUGAUUGGGUCUUUCAGUGAACAGGCGCCACACCGCGCCUCUGAGGUUGUUUGUGAAGUUUUCGUACAGAGUCGUUUUCUUUGUAAGAACUCCUCACUAGCAGCUAAGUUCAUUUAGUGGUUUUGGUCCUGAAGACAGAGAGGCCAUAGUGCUGGUACUAUGAAUUUGGUCCCAUAGCCAGAAGCCUGAAUGCACCAUAUUGUUAACUCGUAUCACAAAUAUUCUCGCUGCAGUUUGUCUAAUGUAGUGGAAUGUUUAUAA